GGGCCUUAUUGUGAGUAGAGCCUAUAUAGCUGAAAUUUCCCUUGCCUGUGAUAUGGCAGAAAUAAACCAGAGAAAUGGGAGUCAAGAUAUUUUUCCGGAUCCGCAUACUUUAAGUAUUCUCCGAAAAGCAUGGACCUGUCUUCCAACACAUAUGCAGGAGGAUAUCAGAGGCAUACCUGGAAUCGAGACUCUGACGCCCACAGAGACCCAAGGUAAGUUCGUAGACAAUACGUCACCGACAUUACUUCUACGGGACAGAAUCACUCACACAACCAACCCGUGGUUUCCGCCACGGGUAGUCUGGAAAAGAAAAGAAAGGCAAAGAGAAGCUCAGACACUGGGAAGAAAACAAAAAAGCUUUUGGCUCGCAGGAAUACUGAAGAGUCUGAGUUGAGCACAACCCUUCCGGACGAAGUGAAGACAAAUAUUACAUCCUGGAAGGAUGACCCUCUUUCUUUCUUUGUUAAAGGAUCAGACGUCAACCUUGAGCUCGACGACUGUAUUGGGGGCUUCUAUAGCUGCCUGGUGUCGUUAGAGUCACGGCAAGGGCUUGAUUCGAUACGCACACGAUUCCUCAAUGUCUCCUUUUUUACCAUUUGAAACUCAUGGUCUGCUCGCAACAGUUGCGUUCUGUCCAUAUGGCAAAAAUCGCACGGAUGAUACAUGCAUCCGGUUUGACCAGUCAUGACUCAUCUAUCAUUGAAAACAAGCUGUCGCGUUGGAUCGAAGAAGGCCAUCGACUGGAUGCAUUGUGCAGGGAUUUGAGCGAUCAAGUCCAAGGAUUUGAAUACCUAUCUUGGCUGUUUCUUUUGCCUUCAAAGGUAAACUGUGAAUUUGUCAGAGUGCUCCCCUUCGGCGGAGAAAAGAGAACAGAGGCGAUUCAACACCUCCAGACAUAUGGGAUUCCCUCGCAUCCCUCCCCAAAAGCCCAGUCGAAUAUUGGGGGUAUAGAGGAUAUUCGUGAAUUAUCGGAAGCGAUUUUCAGAACAUUGUGGAAUAGGCUUGACCAGUCAGUUUCUGAAAAUUGAGAGAUCUUUGGAUCGGGUCAACGUUGGCAAUUUCAAUACAACCCACUUUUUUGGGCACAAGAUGCCCAAAGGGGGUUGGACAAUUCACGUCAAACCUCACUUGAAUCUGAACCUUUGUUAUCAGUGCGUAUUGAAAUGGAAAGCGUCACUGGCGUGCAUGGUGACGGCGUGCCUAAUGUCGGUUUUAAUCCGCGAAACGGCAUCAUUCCGGUUGACGCCGUGAACCUAUCUGAUCACGGAUUUAAUCCUCGGCACGGCAUCAUUCCAAUCGAUAUGCAAAGCGCCACUGGCGUGCAUGGUGACGGCGUGCCUAAUGUCGGUUUUAAUCCUCGGCACGGCAUCAUUCCAAUUGAUAUGCAAAGCGCCGCUAGUGUGCAUGGUGACGACG